ACUUUCUAAUCAUGAAAGCAGACGGCAUUAUGACUUGUUAUAUUUUUAUUGUGUAUUAUAAUCUGAUCGUGUCAGUGUGAUUGAAGUAUCGGGCAGUCUGACACUACUCUAUAAACCUGUGGAGGAGUGGGUGUGUUUGUUCAAACACAGCUUUCCAAGUCCUUGGAUAGUAUUGUUCGACUUGUCAAACAAGAAAAAUGGACGAUGCUAUUGAUGUUAUGGGGGUUACCCAUGAUGAAUCCUUUAACUCAGCAGAGCAGACUCCCUUACUUUCCCACAGGCGACUGAUCCGUAGUCUGAGUAGUGUCCAACCUCCAAACCAUGCUGCCCUGCGUGUACCCAGAAGACAUGUGUCAGAACAAAGUUGGACACAUUUGAGUGAAUUCAUUCAUUACGAUGAACCUGCUCAAACACCUACUGAGGAAGAUGAGGAACAAAAAUCCCACAGAACUCUAGGAACAAUUGCUGGAGUAUUUAGCCCUGUUUCUUUGUCAAUGUUUUCAGCUCUUUUGUUCCUUCGAGUAGGGUUUUUGAUAGGCCAUGCAGGGUUACUAGAGACACUACUUCAAUUUGUAAUUGCCUAUACAAUACUGGUUUUUACUGUUACAUCGGUAUGUGCCAUUUCAACAAAUGGAGCCAUUGAAGGAGGUGGAUGCUAUUUCAUGAUCAGCAGAACACUAGGCCCUGAAUUUGGGGGUAGUAUUGGUACCCUUUUUUGUUUAGCAAAUAUAGUAAGUUCUGCCCUUUACCUCACUGGUUGUGCUGAAGGACUUGUAGAAAAUUUUGGACCAUCAGGCUAUCUCGUCGAUGGAGCAUUUCCCGAUGGUCGUUGGUGGCGAUUUUUGUACGCUUCUACAAUAAAUAUUGUGAACAUUGUAGUUUGCUUGAUUGGUGCCGCAGCGUUUGCUAAAGCAUCUGCUAUAAUUUUGGGUGUUGUGAUAAUUUGUCUAUCGGUUGUACUCGUCUCGUUUUUAGCCCAACCAGCUUUUGAGGUCCCGAUACCCGAAGCCAAUCAUCUAGUACAGAAUGAAACAAUUAAAGUGAACGGCAGCUUCACUGGGUUAACUACAUCGGCUACAUUUUAUGGGAAUGUGUGGCCCAAUUAUGGGCAGGAUUAUACUUCAACGGACGGUACACUCGUUUCUUUUGCAACCGUGUUUGGUGUGUUGUUCAGUGGAGUCACUGGAAUCAUGGCCGGUGCAAACAUGUCGGGCGAACUCAAAGAUCCAUCAAAGAGCAUUCCGCGUGGAACUUUGAGUGCAGUCGGUUUCACUGGAGUCGUCUAUGUGAUCCUGAGUCUGCUAACAGCUUCCACCUGUUCCAACUUUCUCUUGAAAAAUGAUUAUCUCUUUAUGAUGGGUAUCUGUGUAUGGAAACCUUUCGUAACGGUGGGUAUCGUCACGGCUACUUGGUCGGCUUCGCUCAGUAAUCUUAUUGGAUCUAGUCGAGUGCUGGCCGCUUUAGCAAGAGAUGACAUAUUUGGAUCCGUGUUGAAACCCGUUCUUCGAGGAACUUACAAAGGGAAUCCUUGGUGCUCUGUGCUAAUUGUAGCAACUCUUGUCGAGUUCUGUCUUUUGAUUGGAUCUCUCAACGUUAUCGCUCAACUGAAUUCAGUUCUGUUCCUUCUUUCCUACUGCGCAACAAAUUUGGCUUGCCUUAUGCCCGAACUUUCAUCCGCACCGAAUUUCAGACCGACAUUCCACUACUUCUCCUGGCACACUGCUCUUUUAGGACUCACAGGGACGAUGGUUAUGAUGUUUGUUAUCAAUCCAGUCUACGCAUCCGUUUCUCUGCUCCUCUGCUUGAUACUGAUAAUUAUGCUCCAUUUUUUCUCUCCCGCACGCACUGCGAACUGGGGAUCCAUUAGUCAAGCCAUCAUCUUUCAUCAGGUGAGGAAAUAUCUAUUGCUUCUUGAUUCGAGAAAAGAUCACGUCAAAUUCUGGCGUCCACAAAUCCUUUUGCUGGUUAGCAACCCUCGUUCUUCCAUCCCACUCAUUUCCUUUGUGAAUGCCUUAAAAAAGAGUGGCCUUUAUGUUCUAGGUCAUGUAAAGAUUGGAACUGUUACUGAUCCGGAUUCCAUCACCACGACGGCAGAACACACCGCUUGGGUUGAUUUAAUUGAAAGACUGAAGAUUAAAGGAUUUGUCGAAACAACAGUGUCACCAACAGUUCGUGAAGGAAUGCAUCAUCUGAUACGUUUGUCAGGAUUGGGAGCCAUGAAGCCAAAUACCAUAUGCCUAGGGUUUUACGACAGUCAUCCUCAAACAGAUUUACUGUACAGUUUAAGAAGGGAGAGCGUGUCUAGCUUAGGAGCUGACGCCAACCUAUAUCCAGUGCGCGAUUCCAAUCGCCAUCGUUUCGUGUCACCAAGCGAAUAUGUAGCCAUGGUGAAGGACAUAAUCCGUCUGCAGAAAAACGUCUGCCUAUGUCGACACUUUCACACGCUAGAUUUCCAUUUGAUUACAAAUCAAAAGAAAUCCAUGUACAUGGAUGUCUGGCCGAUGAACCUGUUUGGAGGACAAUACUCUGACGAAUUUGACACGUCCAGCCUCUUCCAACUUCAACUGGCCUGCAUUUUAAACAUGGUUCCCGUCUGGAAGGAUCUAGAGCUGCGUGUAUUCCUACUGCCUACGCCUGAAAAUGAAGACGAGACUCUGCGACGACAGCAACGAUUGCGCCGACAACUUAAGGAGCUUCGAAUUAAGGCUCGCGUGGUGGUGGCGUCCUACAACACAGCGUCUGACGGCCAGCAAUCAUCAAACAGUUUUCAGGUUAACCGUCUCCUUCUCCAAAACUCAACUAAUAGCGUGGUAGUCUUCCUUUACUUACCUCUUCCUCUUCCGAACCAAAACGACGAAGAAUACUUGUCUUCUCUUUCGACCAUGUCCGAUAGUCUACCGCCAGUUUUAUUUGUACACGGAAUCAGUCCAGUGACGUCGACCAACUUGUGAAUUUAUUUACCGAAAAUUCCCUGUACGCGUUCUUUUGCCAUAUUUUAUUUCUUUGGCCGAAAUGUUUUACAAAGUUUUUGUGUCAUCGUUACACUUUUCACAAUUACUUUUCCCAACAGCCGUUUGUUUUCCUGAUCGCCCUUCAAGAUCGUUAGAAAGACUCGUGUUGUAUUUAUCGAUAAACUAUUUAAAAAUGAAA